AUGUACGAGGAUUGUCUACAGAGUGCUACCUUCAUUAUUUGGGGAAAGAAAACUUGUCCAAAAGUGAACGGAACGGAGGUUGUUUAUGAAGGGAUAACUGCAGGAAAACAAUACUCGGAUACCGGGGAUGGUGUGAACACUUUGUGCCUACCACAUGAUCCAGAAAACCUACCCCAGAGCUUGUCAGUUUCUGUCCCAGCCAGCGAUGACUAUGGUUACCUCUAUGGCGCCGAGUACCAAAUGACCAUGCAGCGUGUGCGCAUAUCAGAGGAUGUUCCUUGCGCCGUGUGUAGAGUCAAGAUGGCGUCUUCCUCCAUCAUGAUCCCCGGAAAACGCUCAUGUCCACCAUUCUGGCAGAAACAAUAUUCAUCAGAUAGGCACAUUUAUCAGAGCACAGAGUAUCUCUGUCUUGAUGAUGAUCCAGAUUCUAUAGAAGGAUCCAGACGUGACGAUAAUGGAAGGUUGUUUUACCCCGUGAAAACCAUAUGUGGAUCUCUCCCUUGCCCUCCAUAUGAGAAUGGAGCUAGUGUGUCGUGUGUCGUGUGUUCGAUAUAA